AACACUCUGAAUUUAUGUGAUCUGCAAUGGUGACCUGUUGAAUGUAUCUAAACAAGUAUUUGUUAAAUGAGCACCAAUAAAUAAUUUUGGUCCCUCAUCGUGUUCAUUUUAAUGUCAGUAAAAGAGAAUUUCAACUGUAUCCACAAUAAACCAUAAGGAACACAAUUCCGCGAGAUCUCAGCAUAUCGACCGCAUAAACAGGAUAUUAAACUGUCAAUGGACAACGUCAAGAUUAGCCGUGUCCAAGCCAAAAGUGUCGGAUAGCUUCACGCCGGUAGUUCCGACCGGUCACGUAAGAUGCGGGAAGGAGAAAAUUGUCCGGGCUUGACUGGCGUCUUUUGUAGCUCCUCCCCGACCAAGACUGGCAGUUCACGUACGUUGACCAUCAAGCUGAAGUAACUCAUCUUAAUUCGAACUCGAACUCAACCUUAGAAAACCAAUAUCACGGAACACCGCUCCUUCACAUAGCAAUUAGGAGUUCCACUAAUUACGUAAAAGUUGCGUGUUGCAGCGUAGCCUAACACGACAGUGCAUAUUAGCCUACUCUUUCUAAGUUUCUAUUAUCAUCUGACGAAUUCAGGACUCUUCCUCUAUCCCUCCCCCGACUAGUCUCAUCACGUCACAACGUGCGUGUCGAUUCCAUACAAAGUUAGGCAGCGCAACAGCGAGGGUUGGAAUUUGUAAACGACUUGCCCUCAGAUCUAUGGUGAUAAGGUUAAAGAAUGCCUAAAACAGGAUGGAUCCAUCAGGACAUCUGAGACCUCUGUGUGUCCCAGCUCCCCUCCUCCGGUGGCCACUGUCCUCGGGCACUAAACUGGACACCAUCUGUUGGAUUUCCCAGUUCUGAAGGACAGGAAGGCAGCCUGUGAAAAUAUGCCUGAAUGGAGGUCCCGGUGGCGACUUAUACUGCUGAAUUCCUUGACCUGUGGCUUAGAGAUCUGUGUGGCAGCUGGGAUCACCUAUGUGCCCCCACUGCUGCUGGAGGCAGGGGUGGAGGAGCGCUACAUGACUAUGGUGUUAGGUAUAGGACCAGUCUUUGGACUACUCUUCAUCCCGCUGAUUGGUUCUGCUAGUGAUCAUUGCAACAGCAGUUAUGGGCGGCGGUGGCCUUUCAUCUGGUUGUUGUCGUUGGGUGUGCUGAUUGCCCUGGUCAUCAUUCCCCACGCAGAUGCUCUGGCCACAUACUUCUGGGGUGGUCGAACCCUUCAUGUGGGUCUGCUUAUCCUGGGCGUGGGCCUGCUUGAUUUCUGUGGCCAGCUGUGCUUCACUCCUCUGGAGGCUCUGCUGUCUGACCUGUACCAUGACCAGGAGGACUACAGCCAGGCGUUUGCCAUGUUCUCUUUCAUGGUCAGCCUGGGAGGCUGUAUUGGGUAUUUGCUUCCUGCUUUGGAUUGGAGUCGAGGGCUGCUGUCAGUUUACCUCGGAGGGCAGGCAGAGUGCCUCUUCUCACUGCUCAUCGUCAUCUUCGUGUCCAGUGCCUUGGUGACGAUGAAGGCAUCAGAAGAGCCAGGGCAUCCCUCUGCAGCUCUAGAGCCAAGUCCCCUGCAGACGGGCCGUUGGGUGCCGUGCUCCUGUUGUUACCUGCUCAGGUGCAAAUUCAGGUUUCUGAAGUCAGGGGCCCUGCUAUGUCUGCUGCAGACGUGCUGGACCAUGACACCCGCCAUCUACCGGAGCUAUUGCCAUGUGCCACGUGUGAUGCGACAGCUCUGCGUAGCACAGCUUUGCAGCUGGAUCGCAGUGAUGUCUUUCAUGCUGUUCUACACAGACUUUGUGGGAGAGGGGUUGUAUGAAGGUGUCCCCAGUGCUGCUCCUGGGACAACCCUGAGACAACGUUAUGACGACGGCAUUCGAAUGGGCAGUUUGGGCCUUUUUCUACAAUGUGCUACCUCAACGUUCUUCUCAUUGCUCAUGAGCCGGUUGGUGUGUCUCUUUGGCUCAAGAACGGUCUACCUGAGCAGUAUGGUGUGCUUCACCAUCUCUGCUCUCAUCAUCUGCUUGUCCAAGAAUGUGAUCUUGGUUACAACCAUGUCUGCGCUGACAGGAUUUGCCUAUGCGACCCUGCAGACUCUUCCCUACACUCUCACGUGCCAGUAUCACAAAGACAAAGAGGUUUACAUGCCAAAUGGGAAAACUAAAUUAUUAAACAAGAAUGGUGUCACCAUCACAAGAGAAUCUGUGCAUUUGAAAGUAGAUGAUCGCGGUGAGGUCUUGAACAAUAAACCUGGCUGUGUCAACGGGAAUGCAUAUUUCAGCAGGGAUAUUUCAGAAUACCACCCCCCACAGCAGUACCAGAAUGGCUUCCCAUCUAAUUCCAUAGAGGAAGAUGACCAUGAAAAACGUGGCGUUGGCCUGGAUUUUGCCAUUCUGGAUAGCACCUUUCUACUGUCUCAAGUGUUCCCCACUUUCUUCAUGGGCAUGAUCGUGCAACUUACACAGUCUGUCACUGCCUACAUCGCCUGUUCUGCUAUUUUUGGUGCUAUUGCCAUUUGCUUGGCAAACCAUGUCAUUUUUGACCAAAAAGACCUGAGAUGUUAACUACCUAGCCAUAUGAAUGCCACCGAUGCUUCUAAUUGCAUUUUCAGUGGUAAGCAUUAUUAAGUGAGUGUUGGGCGGGUAUAUUUUAUUGUUUGACCUUAAACCAAACAACUUGCAAUACUAAAGCAAAUGUUAGAAAGAAACCCUAAUAAGUAAGCUGCAAUCAAAAGUAUUCAACUCCUUUUUACCUUCAAGACACUCUGCUGCUGUUAACACAAGUUAAUGAACACUUUAGUAAACUGUUUAAUAAAGUUUACAAAUACACUGAUGUAGUUAUUUGAUAAAGUUGAGCUUAGAAAGCCUAUCUGCUCCAAAACAGCCUUCUUUGUCAUAUAACUGAUGGUACCCGUCACAUGGUCAAGACCACCAGGUCCCGUGGUAUCAGAACACCCCAGAAACGGCACAGAUCCACCUCCAGACUUGGCUGUGGCGAUGGUCUUUUUCUCGUCAUAGGCCUCUAUUAUGACUGACAUUAUUUUCUUAUGAUCCAUGGGGCCAAACAGUUCAAUUUUAGUCUAUAAAAUUGUCUCCCAGGAUUAUCCAAAUCUUUUGUUCUCCCUCUCACAGAGUUUUGAUCAAAUAUCUGAUCCCUGUGUUUGAAAUCUUCCAUUGCUAGAUAAGUUUGCUUCUAUACUAUGAAAUUUAAAUGGGCAUCUGAUACUGCCAACUGUCUCAUGGAAAUGGCUGCUGACACUGAAAAAGAAAAAUGCAUUACAGCUUGGGCAAAGAAAAUGUCAUUAUAGAGUUCCAAAGUUUCCAAAAUUCCAAUAGUGUUUUAACACAAUUUAAUGACCUUUAUGACCAGAAGUCAUUGAAAAGAGCAAUACUGAAUAGGGGUCAUUUUUGCACAUGGAUAUUUGUGGAAAGAAUCAGACUUUUAAUCAUUUUCAUAUUAUCAAGAUAACUCAAACAUGUAUUAAUAAACAGUGUUUGACUGUUUGUUUACUUAGUCCAUAAUUAAUAUAUUUUAUUAAAUUUCACUCACAUCACCCGAAUGUCUUCAGGGUUAAGGAGGUAUGUGUAUAUGUGUAUGAUAUUCUAGUUUCACAAGGGCAAGAUUAUGCUUUUCUUUAAAACUUUAUCAAAAGCAGGAAGUUUGAUCAUGAACAUGUUUUUCUCUAUUGUGGCCCACAUUAUUGUUACACAUUAUUUUAUUUUUGUUGUUCAAAUGCCUCCAAGACAUAAUCAGCUUUAAGAGUGUGUAGAUAUUGAUCUUUAUUUGUGUAGGAUCCAUUUUUAAAGCACUUCCGGAAGUGAUGAGGAUUAAGCAUUUUGCAAAUGAGGCUAUUUCGUCCAUGAGGAGUGGAAUUCUGAAUCAUGCAGUUCUUGAACAUGGUUGGUGGCACAUGUGCCUUUAUAUGUAAUAUAAUGGGUUAUUUUUAAAUGUACAAUUGAUUGUUUUCUAAAAAUUGUAUAUUAAAAUGAGUAUUGUUUUAA